GACAGAAUUAUGUGUAGCAAUCCUGGGUGAUGCCUUUCUGUUUUCUACCCUGCCCUGAAAAUGUGUGUGCAUGCCACAGUGGGAUAAGCAGAGAAGACUAAACUACUUUUUUUUCCCCAGCAGCAUUACAUAAACCUCAGAAAAUCAUGUUCAAAAUAAGCCAUCUGAUUCUGCUUUAGCUGAGCUCCAGUGGUUGCAACAAGUGGUUUGAUGGACAGAGCGCGUUUGGUUUUCAUUAGAUCGUCUCGACACUGACCCCCUGCCCCAUCUACAGUAAUAUGAAACCAGCCUUCUGGCAGGCGCACUGUGCGGAAGAGAGCCGAGCAGAGCUGAUGCAGUCUGCAUUGCUUAACUGCGCUGCUGCACGCAGAAGCUGCCCACGUAGUAACACACUGCCCAAACGUGCCAUGGCCAAGAGGCAGUGUUCACGGGCAUAGAUGGUAACCCUGUGCAGUCUUCGCUGAGGGAUUAUUAGUGUUUUUGGUUUGUUCCUGGAGGUGUGAUAUCGCAGCCAUGGUGUGCUGUCAGACUCCCAGAAGUUUACGCAAAGGCGAGUGGGGCUUCGCUCCUCUGCUGGCUGCCGCGCUGCUCAGUCUGCUGUUCGCAGGGAUGCAACAGUCCACAGCGUUUCCCACCUGGAGGUUAGAGGAAGAAGCUUACACCACUGUGUUGCUCAUUGGGAUCCGCAAAGAGGCCCGGUCACAGGUGCUCCACCUCUCCAGGAACAAGCGCUACACCCUCACCCCAGAGAAUCUCAAAUGGGACAAGUUCAAGCUAACAUACAAGUUGGUCUCCUUCCCUACAAACCUCAUAAAUGCCAGUGACACACGCCGAGGCAUCGCCAAGGCUUUUAGCAUGUGGAGCGACGUCUCGCCGUUCAGCUUCAGAGAAGUGCCAGCUGACCAAGAAGCAGACAUGAAGAUCGGCUUCUACCCCGCCAACCACACAGACUGUCUGCAGUCCUAUUUGCACCAUUGUUUCGACGGCAUCACAGGAGAAUUGGCUCAUGCAUUCUUCCCACCAACUGGCGAGAUCCACUUCGACGACCAUGAAUACUGGAUUCUGGGAAACAUGCGCUUUAGCUGGAAGAAAGGGGUUUGGCUGACAGAUCUUGUCCAUGUGGCAACUCAUGAAAUUGGCCACGUCCUAGGACUCAUGCACUCCAUGGACCCGAAAGCUAUAAUGCACCUGAAUGCAACUCUGACAGGGCGCAAGCUAAUCACUCAGGAUGAGGUGUGGGGUUUGCAUCGUCUCUACGGAUGUUUGGACCGGUUAUUCAUCUGUCCGGCCUGGGCUCGGAAAGGCUAUUGCGACAGCAAGCGUAAGCUGAUGCAGAAGCACUGCCCCUCCAGCUGUGAUUUCUGUUACGAAUUUCCUUUCCCCACUGUGGCUCCUACCCCGACACCCCCGAGGACCAAACACAAGCUGGUCGUCGAGGGCAAGAAGCUCACUUUUCGUUGCGGGAAGAAAAUAGCAUCAAAGAAAGGCAAAGUACACUGGUACAAGGACGGGGAGCUGCUGGAGUACUCUCACCCCAACUACAUCUCCUUGAAAGACGACCACAUCACUAUAGUGGCCAACGCCAUCAACGAAGGCACAUACACCUGCAUCGUGAAGAAAAAAGACAAAGUUCUAACAAACUACUCAUGGAGAGUGCGUGUGCGCUUCUGAGGGCCUCUGCACACUGAACAGGACACAUAAACUCACACGGUCACAUGGAGACCUCAUUCACUAGGGCACAUAUUUGUUUUUUAAACUGUCUUUCCUGUAUCUUCCAAAUACGACUGUCUAUCCUUGUCAUUGUGUACGUGCGUUUUAAUAAAUGUUCCGUGACAAGUAGAAUUCUAGUGAAAAUACCACCUGACUGUGAAAAGAUGUUCAUGACAGAGGUUGUGGUUUCCAUUUUAUUUGGUGAUGAAAGAUCCUUAAGUUUAGGACAAUAACUUACACUCUGGGUUCAUUGAGCCUAGAUUUCUUCAAAGCUUUUGCUGCUAAAGAAGUAAUGGUCCAAGGUCACCCACGGGUUCCUGGGGUGCUAAAAUUGCCAAGUUGGAGGGUGCAUAGGAGUAUCUUCUCAGAUACAGUCAAAUUGUCCUCCACUCUAGGUGCAGCAGAAAAAGGGUCAUCCAAAAAAAAAAACACCAUCAUCCCUACUGUGCUUUUGUUGGGGGCCUGAAAAGUUACAGAAGCUCUUGCUUAGAUACACGCCGUUUUAGUCAUUUACGCACUGACCGAUCUAAACUACUAAAGCCAGAAUAAGCAAUGUUGUCUACAGCCUUUGGAACUAUUUAGACCUUAAACCACAUAUGGAACACCUCAGACGUCUAGCUUACUUUACUAGCCUCACAUUGAAGCCAGCAGUCUGCCUCCAGAGACCCAGCAGUCAGUUCCCUAGCAGCUCUCCUUCCAAGCUUAUUCAACACAUCAGGUGUAAUAAUCUGCAGAAGGGCUCCGGUGGGGGUGGAGGGGAUAGAUAAAACUGAUUAAUGAACAUUUCCAUUUAGUGCUGGCUCAAGACGUCCCAAGACGAGGGUGAUUUUCUUUUCUGUGCCUGUUCCUAUGAAAGCAGCGAGUGGUCUUGCAGGGAACGAAACGUUACUGUACUGUUUAUUUUUCUUCGGCUCAAAAUCAAAGAAUUUAUUGGUUUAAUUCUGAAGUCGCAGAGCCAUUUAAAAACAAAGGCAGAGCGAAGUCUGGGCCUCUUUUCCCCUUAAAGAACAAAGUACUGAGACAAAGUGUGCAGUGCAAAGAAUGACAUCACUUUUGGACAGCGACUACCAAGUUGGGUUCAAGAC